AUGGAGAGAAAUUCCACUGUAUGGAAGAACCUAAUAGAUGAACACCCCAUCUGCACAGGCUGGAAGCAAGAGGCCGAGGGAGCCAUCUAUCAUCUCGCCAGUAUUUUAUUUGUAGUAGGUUUUAUGGGCGGCAGUGGCUUCUUCGGACUCCUUUAUGUCUUCAGUUUGCUGGGGCUGGGUUUCUUCUGCACUGCCGUCUGGGCUUGGGUAGAUAUCUGUGCCGCCGAUAUCUUCUCCUGGCAUUUUGUGCUCUUCAUCAUCUGCUUCAUGCAGUUUGUCCACAUUGCGUAUCAAGUGCGCAGCAUAACCUUCGCCCAAGAAUUCCAGCUGAUGUACAGCUCCAUCUUCCAGCCUCUGGGGACCCCUGUGCCCGUCUUCAGAACGAUUGCUCUGAGCUCCGAAGUGGUCACUUUGGAGAAGGAGCACUGCUAUGCCAUGCAGGGGAAAACCUCCAUUGACAGGCUCUCUCUGCUGGUUUCAGGAAGGAUCAGAGUGACAGUUGAUGGAGAAUUUCUGCAUUACAUUUUCCCCUUCCAGUUCCUGGAUUCUCCUGAAUGGGACUCACUGAGACCCACCGAGGAAGGCACUUUUCAGGUAACCCUCACAGCAGAAACCGAUUGUCGGUAUGUGUCAUGGAGGAGAAAGAAAUUAUAUUUGCUCUUCGCUCAAUAUCGUUACAUCUCCCGCCUGUUUUCAGUUUUAAUUGGCAGUGACAUUGCAGAUAAACUCUAUGCCUUGAAUGACAGGGUAUACAUAGGAGGAAGAUACCACUACGAUAUACGGUUACCCAACUUCUAUCAACUUGCAGGUUCUGAAAAGCCCAGAUCACCCCUGCUAGGACAUUUUCGAAAUAUCAGACAACACUGUGAUAAAUGA